GGGUUGGGUAGGCCAAAACAUUGGUCAGCAUUUUUUCAAGUCCACAAUUUCACUUCUCCAUUCAAAGCACACCCGCGGCAAAACUGCGAACGCGCUGUUUACUGGUUAAAGAGAGCAAAUGGUUGCUCUACUCACUUUGUUUGCAAACCCUUUUCCUUAUUCUUAUUCUUCUUCUUCUUCUUCUAGUCUUCUACCGCACCCACCAAUCCCUCCCAGAGCUGUUCGAUUCUCACUCGCUUUAGUUUCAGCUUUCCAUCCCCAUAAAUGGUUCUGUGUCUUAAAUUUCAGUAAAGCCUCAAGAAUCGAACUGAAACCGCUAUUCGCCGAAGUGGGUCUUCGACCCACUGACCAGAUUUCAGUCCAAUGCAGUUGUACCAAUACGCCCACCGAUCUUCGCAUUGAUACUGGGUUUCUCUUUGCAUUCUUUAGAGAAAUUGGACUUGACGAAAAAGAAACCGAAUUGCUAUUGGAAAAGAACCCAGCUUUGGCAUUGACAUCUUUGGAUUCAGUACGUGCUAGGGUUCAUUCUUUACAAUCGGUUGGAAUUAAUAGCCUAGAUUUUUCUUACUUAAUUGCAAAAUGUCCCAGUGUGUUAACAUCUGAGGAAAUUGGUCCAUUUAUAUGUUUUGUGCGAGAUGAAUUGGAAGCUAAGAUUGAGCCUGCGCAGCUCAAGCGCCUUUUGACCUCCACUGACCCAAGAUUCUUGGUGGGUUUUGAUCAAAAGGUUAAAUUGAUUCUUCAUCAUGGAGUCCCGCGUGAAAAGAUUUUUUUUGUGCUAAACAACGUCAAUUUAACCAAAGCAUUGUGUCUUAGGCCAGUGGAAGAAAUUGAAAAGACCAUUACUUAUUUGAGCCGCUUUGGUGGCAUUGAUUUGAUUGUAAGGCGUCCAGCGAUUCUCAAUUAUGAUUUGGACAGUCAGUUGACACCGAGAAUCGGGUUUCUCUUGGAGCUCAGUGGGGGAGAUAAGGAUGCCACGGGGCUUGUGCUGCGUAAGUUCCCUUUGAUUUUGAGUUACAGUGUGAAGCAUGUGGCGGGCCAUGUAGAGUUCCUGAGGUCGUUUGCUGGCCUGAAUGAUCAGGAAAUCUUCAGGAUUUUGCUUGUGUUCCCAAGUUUAGUUAGUGCCAGCAAGGAGAGGAAAUUGCGUCCUAGGAUAGAGUUUCUCAAGCAAUGUGGGUUGGAUUCUGAUGAUAUUUUCAAGUUCUUGAUCAAGGCUCCCUUGUUUCUUGGCCUGUCAUUGAAUAACCUUGAGUAUAAACUUGUGUUUUUGGUGAAGAUUGGGUAUAGAUAUAGAACAAAGGACAUGUCAGUGGCAAUGGGAUCUGUAACCAGAACAAGCUGUGAGAAUUUACAAAAGGUAAUUGGGCUAUUCUUGAGCUACGGUUUUUCUUGUGCUGACAUUGUUUCCAUGAGCAAGAAGCACCGCCAAAUACUGCAAUACAAUCCUAGUUCUUUGGAGGAGAAGAUGGAGUACUUGAUAGAGGACAUGGGUCGUGAAGUUGGAGAGUUGUUGACUUUUCCUGCAUUCCUUGGUUACAAGCUUGACGAGAGAAUUAAGGCUAGGUAUGAGGCAAAGAAGAGGAUUACUGGAGAGGGAAUGUCGCUCAAUAAGCUGUUAACCGUUUCGACUAAGACAUUCUCGACAAAGAAGAAAGAGAAAAAGCUAUUACACACGGUUGAGAAACUGAAUAGCAAUGAAGACAAUUGCAGAUUGGGGAGUGAGAAGAUUGAAAUGAUUCUUCCAACUAUUGAAGACCUGAAAGGCCUGAAGCUUGAGUAGUAGGAAAUCUGCUCUGGGAUAAGCUUUGUUAUGUUCAAAUCUAUACAAUGAUCAAGAGUAGCUUAAUUUCAUAAAUUCGUGAAAAUCAACUCUAUUAAAUCUGUUUCAGCAUGUUACAAAAUUUCUAUUGGUUGCUGAAAUAAGAAUGAGGAAAGUAAUGGAAAAUGAGGCUCUGUAUGCA